CCACCAAAUUAAUUUGUUUCACAGUUUCAGUUUCAUUUCAACUCAAUACUAUUCAUUCGAUUACCUUGAUAUUACUCUUUAUUAAGCAAACCUAGCAGAUUUAUUGUUUUAUACAGCAGUAUUUUAGGGUCAUAUUCAUUAAUACAUAAUACAAUUCGUUAAUUAGGAAAUUAACUAAAGUGCAGGUUGGAAAACAUGGAUAAUAAUUUAACUCACAGGAGAAUAAGACGACGAGGUGAAUUGCCUAUGCAAGAUCCUUUGGUUUCCUCCACGUCCAACGGGGAUCGCCCUUCCGUCCUACGUCCAGAGAUACCUAAUGCCUAUGUUCAUCGUCGACCCCUCCCAAAUUCAGUUCCUGUCACUCAAUCUCCCAGUACUGGUGAUAUAUCUACAUCUAAAGCUUUAAUUUUAGUCUUGAUAAUUUUUACCUCCUCACUGUUGGCUUUGGGACUUCUAUAUAGACAAUUUCCGGAUUUAGAAGAGCAAGAAAGACAGCAUAUAAAACUGCCAUGGGAUCUUGAUGAUGCCAAGCAGCUUGGUUUGGUGUUGGAUCGUUACAAGGACAAGUACUUCUAUGAAGUGCUGUGUGGGGUUUUUCUAAUAUAUAUAUUCUUGCAAACGUUUGCAAUACCUGGGUCCAUAUUCCUCAGUAUACUGUCUGGGUUCUUGUUCCCGUUCUACCUGGCCCUAGUGCUGGUGUGCUGCUGUUCCGCCAUUGGAGCCAGCCUCUGCUUCUUCCUCUCCAAUCUUCUUGGGAAAAAGCUGGUGAAGAAGUUCUUCCCAGAGAGAGCUGCUGAAUGGUCAAAAACUGUUGAAAAGCACAAAAACAAUUUGCUGAACUACAUAAUAUUUUUGAGAGUGACCCCCUUUUUACCUAACUGGUUUAUCAACAUGACAGCACCCGUUAUAGGUGUGCCUCUAGUGCCAUUUGCUUUGGGAACUUUUAUUGGUGUAGCUCCUCCUUCAUUUGUAGCGAUUCAAGCCGGGCAGACUCUCCACACCCUCACAUCCACCAGCGAUGCUUGGUCGUGGACCUCCAUCACCGUGCUCAGUGUAUUUGCUCUAGUCUCACUCAUUCCAGUGCUACUCAAGAAUCGUCUAAGAGAAAAAUUUGAAUAAACUUUCGGAUGUAUUAUUGUGCUUGUGACAAAAGGUUUUGUGAUUUAUUGGAACUUAGUGACAUACCAUUAGUAGUUAUUUUUUAAUAGUACAUUUUAGUAAUAGUUUUUUGCACUUUCCUGGUUGAAUGUUGUUUCCUAAACAAUUAAUAUUUUUAAGUAAUUUAUUUAGGAUGGCUGGUUUAAUUUAUAUAUGUUAAUAAAUGGACUUUCUUAUGA